AUGUCUCCUCUCGAGACUGAUCUUAAUAGUUUCUACCAGCUGACAUCUAACUCUGACCCCUGGGAGAGUGGUCGAAAGUUGGUCAGAAGGCACAAUAGCACGGGCGGCAAGCGAGGCAAGGCGACGCCCACAGAGCUCGAAGAGCGUAUCUCGGCAAUCCCACUCGAACGCUUUCGCAACUUCUGCAUCGUCGCGCACAUCGACCAUGGCAAGAGCACGCUCAGUGAUCGGUUGUUGGAGAUCACGGGCACGAUCUCGCCUGGCGAUGCAAACAGACAGGUCCUUGACAAACUCGACGUCGAGCGAGAGCGCGGCAUCACUGUCAAAGCCCAGACCUGCACCAUGAUCUACCGCUACCGCGGCCUCGACUACCUCAUCCACCUCGUCGACACCCCCGGCCACGUCGACUUCCGCGCCGAGGUCACCCGAUCCUACGCCUCCUGCGGCGGCGCCCUGCUCCUCGUCGACGCCUCGCAGGGCGUCCAGGCCCAGACCGUCGCGAACUUCUACCUCGCCUUUGCGCAGAACCUCGCGCUCGUCCCCGUCGUGAACAAGAUCGACCUCCCAACCGCCGACACCGGCAGGGCACUGACGCAGCUGAAAGACACCUUCGAGCUGGACGUCGAUCCGGAUACGGGGAGGGGCGCGGUGCUGGUGAGCGCCAAGACGGGCAAGAACGUCGAGGCUCUGCUGCCGGCAGUCAUAGAUACCGUCCCGCCACCCGAGGGGGACGAGAACAAGCCGCUGCGGAUGCUUCUCGUGGACUCGUGGUACGACACGUUCCGUGGCGUGAUCCUGCUGGUGCGCAUCUUUGACGGCACGCUCCAGGCCGGCGACCAGAUCGUCUCUUUCGCCACGGGCAACAGGUACAGCGUCGGCGAGGUGGGCAUCCAGCACCCGGACCAGGUGCCGCAGACCAAGCUGCGCGCCGGCCAGGUCGGCUAUGUCUUCUUCAACCCGGGUAUGAAGAAGAUCCAGGAUGCCAAGAUUGGUGAUACCUUCACCACCAUCGGCAGCGAGGGUGUCGUCGAGCCAUACCCGGGCUUCGAGGAGCCCAAGCCCAUGGUCUUUGUCGCGGCAUUCCCGACAGACCAGAGCGACUACUCCAAACUGGCGGACAGCAUCACGCAGCUCGUCCUCAACGACAGGAGCAUCACGCUCCAGAAGGACUUCUCGGAAGCCCUGGGCGCCGGCUGGCGGCUGGGCUUCCUGGGCAGCCUGCACUGCUCCGUCUUCCAGGACCGGCUGCGGCAGGAGCACGGCGCCGACAUCAUCAUCACCGAGCCGUCGGUGCCCACAAAGGUCGUGUGGCGGGAGGGCAGCGGCCGCGAUGCGGGCAGCGAGGAGAUCAUCACCAACCCGGCCGAGUUCCCGGAGCCGGAGCAGCACCGCGGCCGGGCCGACUUCUUCGAGCCCAUGGUCCUGGCCACCAUCGCCGUGCCCGAGGAGUACCUGGGCCGGGUCAUCGAGCUGUGCGAGGCGAGCCGCGGCGAGCAGGAGAGCAUCGAGUUCCUCGGCACCGGCAGCCGGCAGGUGCUGGUCAAGUACGCGCUGCCCACGGCGUCGCUCGUCGACGACCUGUUCGGCAAGCUCAAGGGCGCGUCCAAGGGGUACGCCACGCUCGACUACGACGACGCGGGCUGGCGCCGGUCCGACCUCGUCAAGCUGUCGCUGCUGGUCAACAAGAAGGCCGUCGACGCCGUGUGCCGCGUCGUGCACACCUCGCAGGUGGACCGGAUGGGCCGCCAGUGGGUGCAAAAGUUCCGCGAGCACGUCGACCGGCAGAUGUUCGAGGUGAUCAUCCAGGCGGCCGCGGGCAAGAAGGUGGUGGCGAGGGAGACGAUCAAGCCUUUCAGGAAGGACGUGCUCGCCAAGCUGCACGCCAGCGACAUCUCGCGGCGGAGGAAGCUCCUGGAGAAGCAGAAGGAGGGCAGGAAGAAGCUGAGGGCGGUGGGCAACGUUGUGAUUGACCAGAGCGCGUUCCAAAAGUUCCUGUCGAAGUAG